AGAACAUUUAUUAUCUUAUGCGAGGAUUUCAUUUUUGGCCAUACGUCAUGCGAGGGGGUGGAGCUUAAAUGCUACAUCUGUUCUGGUAGCAGAAGUCUUUAGUUAAAAUUAUUUUCCUGCUACUGCAAGCAGUACAUUUACAUGGACUCUAAUUUUGAUUGUGCAAACUGCAUACGUUUAUAUCAUUUUUAUUACAUUAGUAAUAUAGGAGAUACAAUAUACAUGUAUAUAGGAGAGUACCAUAAAAAAGAGAAAAAUUGAAGAUACGUUGGAGGCGGCUAUUGACUGAGAAAUAGACGUGGUGAGUGUAUUCCGUCAUUUUGCACGCCAUUUUAAUUAAAGUUAGACAACCAUGAGCAAAUUGUCUGUUUUGUUAUUUGGACAUUCCCUCAUAUAUUGGCUUGAUCAAUAUCAAGGGAAAUUUCUGAAAAACUUAGGAUUAUAUUCAAACCAAUUUGACAUUGCAUAUUGUGGUAUCCGAGGCGGUACUUUUGAGUGGACACCUAAAUCUCGUUCACGGUUUCAAAAGAAGACAUUGGUGGCAUACCUAUGUGAACAAAUGACACUGGUAAAUCCACAGGUGGUAUACUUGCAGUUAGGCGGCAAUGACUUAGAUAACUACAAUUUUGAUAUUCAAAAAAUAUUUACGGCCAUAAAAAGUGUUGCCCAAUUUAUUGUGGAAGGCUACGAUAAUAUCCGCAUUGUAUGCAUUGGACACGUGUUUAAACGAUUGCAGCCGAAGGUUGGGUUUGAUGACUUUGAGAAAGCUCGUUUAAUUCUGAAUGCAAAAUUGUCCGACCUGCAAGGUUUUCAUGGAAAAAUUCUGGUAUGUCCGAAUAACGGCUUUAUGAACAAUACUUAUGGAAAAUAUGAAGCAAAAGGAAUCCACCUUACUAAUUUAGGCAAUAAUUGUUUUGCUCAUAAUAUUAGGAGGGAACUGAUUGCAAUUCGUAAUAGUGAGUAUAAUUUAAAAUUGUUUUACAUUUGCUCAUGGUUCUAUAUGUAUAUGUAAAACUACAUGUUUACAUUCGUAUAGUUACUUUCACGGUUUAUAAUUGUCAUUAUUUUGUGCCAGAUGUACAGUAACGUUGAGAACAAUGAUUCCUUGGUGACUGUUAGAUUCUGCUUUGAAGAUUCACUGCUAUGUACUGGAAGUGCCCUGUGCUAAAUUAGCUGCUGAUGGCAUAUAUGUUUCAAGCAUGUAUCAAGUUGGGACAGAGCUUUAAUUGUUAUUAUUUUCCAGGGUUGGACUGUCCCUGAAUAGCAUGUCUCAUGCCGUACGUGUGUGCGCACACUGGGUAUAAUAUUUAUAAUAGCAUGUUGGGACUGGACUGAAUAGCCCAGGAUGUGACAGUACCAUCAUUAUAACCCAGGGUUGGACUGUCCCUGAAUAGCAUGUUUUUGUUGUUUGUGUGUAGACACUAUAUAAUUAUGAAAUCUUUAUUGUAACAUGUUGGGACAGGACUGAAUAGCCCGGGUUUUUUGAUCAUGAGGAAUGUGAUCUAUUUAUAUGGUAUAUAUGCUGUAAUGUG